CGCGGUAGAUUGGAACUGAGAGAAGCGGCCAGGCGCAGGAGAGAAGUUAAGAUAGUUAAAACGUUUAGCAUUUGGUGCUGCUGUGGAUACUGUCAGCGGGCCAAAUGGAUAACCUGUUAUCUAACUAACUCGCGCGUGAUUGUGUCAUUGCUGUACCAGGAUCUACACUAAGAACAGUCCAGUGGAAAUGGCCGCCCCGAUCAUGCAACAGCCGAGUUUUCUGUUGGCCAAUCUGAAAGCUGAUUCUGUGACCAAGCCUCUCCUCCAAAGAUGUCAGGAGCUUGUGAAGGUGAUCGAUGACUACCCUGCAAAGGAGCUCCACUUGAUCUUCCCCUGGCUGGUGGAGACUAUCUUCGGCAGCCUGGAUGGUGUUAUCCUGGGCUGGAACCUACGCCAACUCCAGGCCCGCCUGAACGAAUUCACCAUCGCCCUGGAGUUCCUGGACCCCAGCGGUCCGAUGAUGAAGCUGGUGUACAAGCUGCAGGCUGAGGAGUACAAGUAUGAGGUUCCGGUCACCUUCCUCCCCGGUCCUGUGAAGGCUGCCAUUCAAGAAGGCGUCCUCCCAGAUUGCCCGCUGUUUCACAACAAGCUCCAGUUUCCUCUCUCCGGUGUCGCCAGCCUCAGUCUCUCUCUCAAUCCAUUUGAGUAUUACAUGUUUUUCUUCGCCGCAAGUCUCAUCACCCCGAGGAGUUACCCACCUGGGCAGCACGUCAGCUCCUCGGACAGUGCCUACUUUGUGCUGGUGGACACGUACCUGAAGUACUUCCUGCCCACGGAGGGCAUUGUGCCCCCAACUCCCUUCUCUGAUGCCAGGGGCACCGUGGCCCCCCCAUCCCCCAGAUCUCCCAGCAUGCCGUUCACUGGGUACGGUGCACACAGCAGCAGCUUACUGAAACGUCACAUUACCCAUCAGCCUUCGGUCAACGCUGACCUCGCCACCCAGGAGAUCUGGAGGUCCGAGACACUGCUGCAGGUGUUUGUGGAGAUGUGGCUGCACCACUAUUCACUGGAGAUGUAUCAAAAGCUUCAGUCCCCGCAGGUGAAGCUGGCGCUGUUGCAGUAUCGGCUCAGUAUAUCCAGUUCUCCCACCAGUUCUCCCGUCGCGCCUGGCUACGGGACCCUCCACACGUACCAAGAGCUCUUCAGCCCCUCAGAGGAGCACGUGCUGGUGGUUCGGCUGCUCGUCAAACACCUCCACGCCUUCUCCAGCAGCCUGAGGCCAGAGCCGGCCUCUACCGCACCCUCCACACACUCCCACGCCAGCCCCCUGGAGGAGUUCAAGAGGGUGGUCAUCUCGCGAUUUGUUCAGCAGAAGCUCUACGUCUUCCUGCAACACUGUUUUGGUCACUGGCCACUGGACGCCUCCUUUAGAGCCGUUUUGGAAACGUGGCUCAGCUACAUCCAGCCAUGGCGUUACACGAGUGAAAAAACCAACCCUCAAACAGAUGGUCAGAACCGCAGUGUUCCAGAGAAAUGGUCCUCCUUUGUGCAGGAGAACCUGCUUUUGUACACCAAACUGUUUCAGGGUUUCCUGAACAGAGCGGUCCGCACCGACAUGGUCAACGCCAAAAACGCGCUCAUGGUCUUCCGGGUGGCUAAAGUCUUCGCUCAGCCCAACCUGCCGGAAAUGAUCCAGAAAGGAGAACAGCUGUUCCUGGAGCCGGAGCACGUCCUGCACCACCGCCACUCCCGAAUCUUCCUCACGCCCACCCACGGCGGCAGCUUCCUGUCGUCCCGGCAACCCGCCGAGGUGGACGCAGUCUUCAAGGUGAAGAGCCACGUGUACAGCCUGGAGGGCCAGGACUGUCAGUACACCCAGAUGUUCGGGCCCGAGCAGCGGAUUGCGGUGCUGAAGCUGGUGCAGAUAAUGGCUCAGGCUCGACAGACGGCCAAGCGCAUAUCGGACCAAUCGGCUGAGGCCGCUGCCAACCAGUCCUUCCUGUCCUGGUUCUCCACGGGCUCCCCGGACCUCAACAACACCUACGCCGGGACGGAGCCGGACGAGACGGGAGAAUGCGUGAGGAAGACCCACGAGUUCCUGGACCGGGCCCUGGACUACCUGUGUCAAAUAUUCCGGCUGAACGUGGCCCAGGUGUCUCAGCUGCUGGCGAACUUGGCGUCUGCGGAGGACGAGCUGGGCGGGGACAGGCAGCUGCCGGACUGCAUACAGGGGGAGAACGGGCUGAUCCUCACAGACCUGGGCCGCAAGCAGAUGAUCAAUGGGCUGCGGCGGUUUGAGAUCCAGUACCAGGGCGACCCCGAGCUGCAGCCCAUACGGAGCUACGAGAACGCCACGCUGGUCCGCCUCCUCUUUCGAGUGGCCUCGCUCCUCAACCAGCGGUUCGGGGCCCACAUGGACGCGCUGUGUUCGCGGACGGACUUCCUCGGCAGGCUGGGGCGGUACUACUUCGCGGGAGCCCCAGCGGCGAGGUCCCGGAGGAGCCCGACGACCAGGAGGACCGCCGAGGGCCAGCGGAGGCCGCGGCUCAGCCUCCGCACGCUGGCCAGCUACCGCACCCUGGUCAGCGUCCUGCUCCUCUACCUGCUGGGGGCGCUGCUGUCCUUCUGCCUGCUCUCCAGCACCGGCCUCAUCCUCGUCGCCAGCCUCCUCUACGGACUCUGCAUGACCGCGCUGGGCGACAAGCAGGCCACGCAAUAGCGCAGGAAAAGCGGGACCACUUCGCUUGUUGCCUUAAGGCAGUUUUUUUUUUUUUUUUUUUUUCAAAGGGUAACCUCACCAUAUCUUUGCGUUUUUAUUCCCCGUUUUAUUCUUGUGGUCAUCCACAUUGGGGAAACUCCUAAUUUAUUUUUAUCUCAAGGAACGAACAUGUCUCUUACAAAUAUGAAUUUGAUUCAUACUGAUGUAAAUCCCUUUGAAUUGAUGGUGAAGGCUUGGCUAUGCUGUAGAAUGCUUUCUAAAAAAUCUGUAUGCUAUGUUGGUAUUUGCCAUAAUGUCACUUACGUCAAUUUCAGCUGUGUACGGGAUUUUUGCAAGGCAGAUUAUGUACCACCAUUUGUGUGGUGCAUUGUGGGAAAUGUCAGAUGGAAAUGGAUGAUAAAUUGCCUACAUGUUUCAGGGCAACGUGGCCAUAGUUUUGCCCCCAGUCUACCCUGGAAGUUAAGAUUGAUUUCAAUGUUCCUAAUUACCAAAGUAACUAAGGCAGAAUGUUAACAUGUCACACUAGAUUAUAUGGUGAGAUUACCCUCUAAGACUGUAAAUAUGAGUAAAAUCUUAAGAAUAUUUGCUGGAAUGGUACUUGAAGCUUAACUUUUUUGACACAUUGAUGUUUUUGACAUAUGUCAAAUGUGUGGAUGAGAGUAAUGACAGCGCUUGAAACUUCAACACUGAAGAUAAAAUACAAUGGCUAUCUAGCUUCCAGAAGGUAUACAUAUCUUGCCACAAAAAACAUGCAGUAAGUACACUGCAUGUUCACGCCAGUUUGUAAUUGAGCACUCUAUUUAAAGAUCAUUAAACAAGCGGUAUUUUAAA